GUAAGAAAGAAAGCGGAACGGACUGAGUAGCGGCGUAGAAGUUGAUCGAUGCAGAAAAUACAUUUGGUUUGCUAAAGAACCCCAGCUAUCGUAAGGACCCUGUUUUAACAAGAUCAGCCACUGAGACAAAGCUUCCUGGUGUUGAGGGACUCUGCCUCCCAGCCCGUCCUGCUGUGUGUCCACUGGAGGAGAGAGUGGACAUAUCAGCGAUAACCCCAUACAGGCAGGACACACACACACAUCCAUCUCAGUCAUAUUUAGGCUUCUCUCUGAUCCGGCUCAGUUAGUGGUCUUCUACUCGCUGAGCAGUGUGUCUGUUCAUCCCUCUGUGGCUCUACAGUCUAACAGAUCAGCUACAGUCCAGCAGUCUGUCCCAGCUGGGUCCAAGUCUGAAUUCACCCUCAUCGUCUCUCCUCUUCCUCGCCCACACUCUCUUCCACUUAUCAUCUUCCUUUCACUCCUCCUUUCCUCCCUUUCUUUUUGUGUAUCUGUUUGUGUGUAGAGUCCUGGCUGUGUCUCACCUCUGACCUCCAGCCUGAUCACAUGACUCAGAGGGCUCCUGGUACUGCCAUGUGCACCAUACAGCUGACAGCAGCCAAUGGUGCUCUGUCCAUCAUCAACCCACUGUAUCUCCAUGAGCAUGGCGAUGACUGGCUGACGCGUCAACCAACCAGCCCACAGCGAGUUAAUCGGCCAUCCAAUUAUAAGCGUGAGAGACGACUGAGUACCAGACCUUGGCCAGGGGCGGAUCUUCUUACUAAGAGAGCUAUCUCAUUGGAGCAGGAGCCCUACAACUCUAGUCCUAAUAAUCCAGGGUCUCCUAUUGUCCAGGCUGCCCCGUCUCCCCCCACCCCUAAAGAGGGGGUGGUUUUGAGGAGCCCCAGUAAUGAUGCUUCCAUUGAGUCACUCCACAGAACAGGGAGCCAGGACCGCACUACCAGGCCCCCCUCAGACCCCAAGCCCCUGUUCAGCCCUGCCCCUCAGUCGCCUCAGAGGGUGUCCUGGAUUGAGGACAAUGUAUGGCUCUCCCAACCACCAUCCCUCUCCCUCCUCCACCCACCCUCCCCGGAGCUAGACUCGCUGUCAAUCAACAGCGUCGAGGAGGAGCCGGAGUCGGUCACCAGUCCCUCCCACUCCCCCCACCCCCCGCAUCGGUUGGCCGACAAGGUGAUGCACCGCCUCUCGGUUGUGGGCCUCGCCAUUGGUGGGCUGGGGCGUUCACAGAAGAGGCUGACCAAGCGGGUGCAGGAGCUCAGCAAGCGGAGGGACGGAGUGUUUGCCGAGGCAGUGAUGGGAUUCGUUGAGAUGACCCUGGGGGCUGGGUUUAUCCCUGACAUGACAGGUGCGGACCUGCUUCAGGAGGUGCGUACGGCUCUCACUGCCCUGAGAGAGACACUGCUGGACUGUCCUGAGAUACACAUCUUCAUAGACAGUAUGGCCGACACAACAGACUGGGAGCUGGAUGCCAUACUGGAGCGCUCCCUACACAAGGUGGCCCUAAAGCCUGUGAACGCCCACCUGUACACCUGCCUCCAGAGCUGUCGGGACCACGACGGUAGCCUGCGGAAGCUGAGGGAGAACCAGCGGCUCCUGGAGGGCCGGGGGGUGGAGGAGCUGGAAGGGACGCCUGGGGCGGGGGUCCCUGACCCUGUCACCCUGGAGAAGAUCCAGCAGAGGUGGUCAGCCAUGCACCAGUCCUACUCCCCCAGCAGGAAGGUCCAUAUCCUGCUCAAGGUCUGCAAGACCAUCUACCACAGCAUGACGGCCAAUGCCAACCCAGGUGUGGUGUAUGGGGCUGAUGACUUCUUGCCCUGUCUGACCUGGGUGCUUCUGCGUGGUGAUGUGGUCACUCUGCAGCUGGACACUGACUACAUGAUGGAGCUACUGGACCCCACACAGCUACAGGGAGAGGGAGGUUACUACUUGACGUCCCUGUACGCCUCUCUCUUCUACAUCAGCAGCUUCUGCCCUCGUCUCGCCACGCGCCAGCUCAGCACAGAGGCCCAACAAUCCCUGAGCCAAUGGCAACGCAGGCGCACCCUGCACUGCAACCAAUCACGACGCAGCACGAAUCGGAGGACCCUCCGGAGACCUGGGCACGGCGAGAAGGGCAAGGAAUACUCCAGUGAUGCAGAGCCGGAAACUGGCAUAGGAAGUGUAACUGAUGACCCACCGGCACCCUCUAGUGUUCUGGCAAAGGCACUGCACAUAAUCUCAGAGGUUGUGGUAGCGGUGAGGGAGGAGGAGGGCAGCAGAGCGGAGGGCCAAGGACCCCCAGAUGUACAACUCCAGGCCUCACCUCAGAAGGGGAGUCAGGACUCAGGUUAGUCUCCGCAGCGUCCAUGAGGCACUCCACAGAUGCUACCCUCCACAGCAUGGCCUUCGCUCCAGAUCAAAACUCCAAACCUACAACCUAAUUUUGGCCAAAAUGAACCGGAUAGGUUACUGCUAGCAAGGUUUCCUGUUUCCAAGCUAUACGGAGGGUGCUCUAGCAAACAAACAGCAGGGACCUGAGGACACCAUCCAACCUGGAACUGAGUGAGUAGUGUUUGGUCUGAUGCUAUUUUGAAAGCCAAGAAGAAAAAGAAAAAGAAAGUACAUUACAGUGAUAUAUUUUAUUUUAUGGAGACUGAUAGCUGAGUUAAGGCUCCCAGGCUUGCUAGGACAGACCAGAUACAAAUUCAAUUAGCACUAAGGUGUGAAGGCAAAGGUGUCGAGGCCUUUGGGCCCAACAAGUUGCAGGAGUCUUUGAAGCAUCCUCUGAAGACACCUCCUGCUGUUCAGAGACCAGUCACUGGAAUUUUCUACAAGAAAUCUGCCUCCAGAAAUAAAAGUUUCUCCCAAGUGGUUGUGACACCUAUUCCUGUUGCCUGCUGCACUGCUGCUUGGAUUCCACCUGGCGAUCUGUUCACCGUCUUCUCUGGCCUGUCUCCCCCUGUCUGGUACAGGUAUCCCCACCACACUCACCCCUCUCACCCGAGCUUUCACUCACCUCCAGCACUCACGCACUGUUGGGGCGAGUGGCUCUGAACUUACAAUGGCUAAACCCAAGUUGUUAAAUAUUUUAUUAUUUUCUUGUGCAUUUUGCUAUUUUGCUUUUUGACUCAUGACUCCUGCAUACUUUGUUGACUACAAACUUUCUUUACCCAACCGUGGGACAGACUAUGUUUGUUCCCACACUCAGGACUUUGACUCUCUAUUGGUUACACAGACUUUUGGCCUCCCAUCCUAUUCUAACCACCUCUCGCCGGCUUUGUAUUCAUGUUACCUGAUGAAAUUGCUGUGCAAUAUGAUCUUAUUGCCAUCUGAUGCACAUUCAGAUGUCAUAAAUCAGCACUGCAGAGCUGAUGAUUGCCUUGAUUGUAUUACUGUUGAUGAUAUCUGGAAAUGUGCAUGUACACCCUGGCCCAUCUACUGUUUCAGGCCCCAAUUCUGAUUUGUGCUCAGAUAUCUGUUUCACGGAUUUCUGCUCUCGUAAAAGCCUGGGUAUUCUGCACGUUAACUCUAGAAGCUUAUUACCUAAAAUGAAAGUGUGGGUUCACAGCUCCAAUCCAGAUGUGUUGGUCAUUACUGAGACGGGGUUAAGGAAGAGUGUUUUGAAUACUGAAUACUGAAUACUAACCUUUCUGGUUAUAAGCUUUUUCGGCAAGACAGAUCUUCCAAAGGUGGGGGAGUGGCAAUCUUUACAGAGAAUCACCUUCAGUGCUUGGUGGUCUCCACCAAGUCUGUCCCGAAACGAUUUGAUUUGCUGGUUUUAAGCAUUAAACUUUAAACACCCAGAAAAGGCUACUCUCCUCAAUGUUAUCCUCACAAAUUAUCCUGAUAGGUAUCAGUCUGGUGUUUCAGUAAUGACCUUAGUCAUCACUGUUUUACAGUCUGUGUUCGUAAUGGCUGCUCAGUGAAACGACCUGUCCUGAUUUGUCAUAGAUGCUUGCUAAAAAUCUUUAAUGAGCAAGCCUUCCUUCAUGAACUGGCCUCUGUAAAAUGGUAAAUAAUCAGCUCUGUCGAAGAUGCUUGGACCUUCUUUUUUUAAUAUUUUCAGUGGUAUUGUUAACAAACACGCCCCCAUAAAGAAAAUGGGAAUUAAAAACAGAUUCAGCCCCUGG